AUGCAGCACUGCAGGCUACUUCAGCUGACUGNGGUUGGGGAGAGCUCUCGCGUCUUUUCUGCCCAGGCAGCACUCGAAAGCAGGUUAAGAGAGGCGUUCAGCUGCUCCUUGUCCUAUCCCGAAUCCCUCCCUUGCACAAGCAGCACCAGUAGUGGCGGCGUCAACAAAAGCCAUGGAGUUAGCGUCACCGCGUUUACCGAAAUAGACGAAACAAGCGCGUCCUCGCGAACUGAAGAGAGCGGUUCUCAAGCCAACAAUGGUGCCCGAGUUCAGACGGAGCCGAACACCACCUCCACGCCAGCCGCAUAA